AAGCUGUUGUGCCAACUGAAAUAAAUGAGUCUGCGGGCUGCUCACCUCUGGCCUGCUUUCACCCGACUCCCAGGGACUAUGUGGUGACUCCAUGCGUCUUGCUCCCACCACGCUCCUCCUCUCAGAAUGAAUCCACAACUUCUGGCGCCCAACGUGACUGAGAGACAGUGUGUCAGACUUGGCGAGGUCCCCCCUUGAUUUCAGCAGCUGAUGUGUCAACAACAUGGAACCAGGAAAUCGAACAAGUAUUUUAGGAUUUUUACUCCUGGGCUUUUCUCAAGACUCAAAGCACCAACCUCUGCUAUUUGGUUUGUUCCUGCUCAUGCUUGUGGUCACAGUGCUUGGAAACCUGCUCAUCAUCCUGGCCAUCAGCUCCCAUGCCCGCCUCCACACGCCCAUGUACUUCUUCCUCUCCAACCUGUCCUUGGCUGACAUCUGUUUCAUCUCUACAACCAUCCCAAAGAUGCUGCAGGACAUCAAGACUCAGAACUAUUCCAUCACCUUUGCAGGCUGCAUCACUCAAAUGUACUUCUUCAUGGUUUUUGGGGGCAUGGACACACUUCUCCUCACCUGGAUGGCCUACGAUCGCUUUGUGGCCAUCUGCCACCCCUUGCACUACCCAGUCAUCAUGAAUCCCCGUCUCUGUAGCCUGCUGGUUCUUGUGUCCUGGUGCAUCAGUCUGUCGUGUGCCCUGAUCCAGACCCUGUUGAUGCUGAGGCUGUCCUUCUGCACCAGAAGGGUAGUUGCACACUUUUAUUGUGAACUUGCUCAGGUCCUGGUACUUGCCUGCUCUGACAAGUUCAUCAAUUACACCCUGCUCUACGUGGUGACUGCUCUUCUUGGCUUUGUUCCCCUCUCAGGGAUCCUUUUCUCCUAUAUGCAAAUUGUCUCCUCCAUUCUGAAAAUUCCGUCGACUGGUGGAAGAUACAAGGCAUUCUCCACGUGUGGGUCUCAUCUAACUGUGGUUUCUCUGUUCUAUGGGACAGGCCUUGGGGUGUAUCUCAGUUCUGAUGCCUCGUCCUCUUCCUGGAAGGGCAUGGUGGCCUCGGUGAUGUACACUGUGGUCACUCCCAUGUUGAACCCCUUCAUCUACAGCCUGAGGAACACGGACAUUAAGAGAGCUUUACAAAGUCUUCUCGGGUUCAAACUCCAUGUUCAGUGAUGGGAACAUUGUUCCUGGAUUUGGGAGCUGCCGGAAGUCACACCAGUGGGACAAAAAUAUGCCGCUUCUGAACUGUACAGAGUUUUGAUGCUUACCCACUCUGUUCUCCAUCUUUGGUCAAACUACCCUGUGAGUACUUGGUGUGAAGCGUAUGAUGAUUCCUGUUACCCUUAUUCUACUCACUUCUUCCCUUCCCUUUACAUUUUUACAUUACUACACCUUGGUUGGAGUUUGCACUCCUACAUAUUAAUACAAUCACUCAAGUGAGAUUCAGAAACUACUGCUUAUAAGUGAAUUCACUUUACCAUUAACCAGAGCUGUUUCUUACCAAAUUCAUUCACUCGACAAUAUUUACUGGAAUCUAUAGUGUACCAGAUCUUCUAGGUACCUGGAUAUAGCUGUGAAAAAAUUUGGGCGAUUGGAUACUGGGUACCAAAAUAUAGUGAGACAGAAGUAAGAAAUUCUAGUGCUCUACAUUACAGUGGGGUGACUAUCAUUCACAACAGUAUUUUAUGAAGGAGUAGAACACAGGAGCUUAUAGGUUCCAAAUACAAAGAAAGCAUAAGGCAAUGGAAACCUAACUACCUUAUGUGAGCAUGUUGUCUAUAUGAAUUAAACAUUAUACUUGGGGCUGGUGCAGUGGUGUAGUGGGUAAAGCUGUGGCCUGUGGUGCUGGUGUCCCAUGUGGGUGCAGGUUUGAAUCCUGACUCUGAUCCAGCUCCCUGCUAAUGUGGAUGUUGUAUACACUGCCAGAUAUCACUCAGCUGUAAAAAAGAAUGAAAUUCUGUCUUUCACAACAAAAUGGAUGCAACUGGAAAUCAUCAUACUUAGUGAAAUAAGCCUGUCCCCACAAGACCAAUACAUAUGUGUUUCAUGAUCUGUGAUAACUAUUAUAGUACACAAAAUGUAUGUAUGAUUAUUUGCAUUGCAAUAUGCAUAAAAUUAUUCAUGUACAUAAACUGUUUGGAGGAAAUGGCUUAAAGUCUAAAUGAACUUAAUUAUUUUAUAAACACACAGGAAAUAUUUAGGUGUUACUUUGUCAUUGGUUCUAUUUUACUGAAAAAAUUAUGAAUGAUUAAAUGACAAAAAACCGCGAAUAUGGGUGAAAUGGUCAUGUUUCCAUUCAAUUGUUGUUUAAAGCUAUUAUCUACAUUCCUACUAAGCCAGAUUUUUUUGCUUUUUACUUAAGGUUCAUAUUCAGUGAAGUAGUAAGCCAGUGUACUGUAAUGUAAAUUUAAAAUAUGUCAUCUCAAAAACUAAAAAGAAGAAAGGUAAAAGGAAGGACGGUAGGAAGGAGCGAGAAAUGG